GAAGGCAGUUAACUCCACAAAUCCGUUGCCGUCGGUCCCAUUUCCCAAUUAACCGACUUGUAAGCGUAAAGGCGCGUGUGAACCCCCUCGAGAAGAAGAGAAAAUUGUGUGCAGUUUACGCUUGACAAGGAUAUUCCAAACUCCCCGCACCAAAAUGUUCAGAUUUCUUGCACUGACCACCUUGGUGGCCCUGGCUUCCAGCCAGCACUAUCACCAGGACCCCAAAACGGCGGCCAUCAUCAGUGAGCAGCGUUAUCUGUCCGGAGAUGGAAAGUUCGGAGCUGCCUAUGAGCAGGAGGAUGGCAUCAACUUCAAGGAGGAGACGGAUGCGGAUGGAACACGUCAUGGCAGCUACAGCUAUCUGGAUCCCACGGGCCAGAGGCGUACUAUUUCGUACACAGCUGGCAAAAAUGGCUUCCAAGCUUCUGGAGAUCACUUGCCUCAGGCACCACCUGCUCCACCACAGCCCGUGCCCACAGCGGGAUAUCAGCCACAGCAGCAGUACCAGCCACAGCAGUACCAGGCUCCCGCUCCCCAGCCCCAGGCCAGUUUCCGCAGCAACGACUACGGAGAUGAUGGUUCCUACGAUCCCCGCUACAACGAUCCCUCCUUCGGCCAGAACCAGCAGAGCUACCAGCAGCCCGCUGCCCAGCCGCAGUACCGUCCUGCUCCCCAGCCCGCCUACAACCCACAGCCCGUGCAGCCGCAGCAGCAGUACCAGCCCCAGUAUCAGCAGCCCCAGCCCCAGUAUCAGCAGCCGCAGCCCCAGCAGGCGUUCUACACCACCACCACCCCCAACCCACACCGCUUUUCGCCUCCCGGAAAACUGUCCCUGAACCGCACGCCCGAUGGCUUCACCUACUCCUUCAACAAGGUCUAAGCCCCACUGUCCCCCACUCAGACAUUAUGCAUCUUCUUCAUUAGUAGGGACCCUCUUUUCUUUUCCAACUUUCCCUAUCACAACUAGAACCCUUCUCUUUUCUUGACUCCAUCAAACUCUCGUGUGAUAUGUUUAAGAGCAAUUGUAUCGUACUUCCUAUAUGCGUACUGUUUGUUAUUAAUUUAUAAUCCUACACAGAGAAAAUCAAUCGCUGCUGCCCAAGGGGUAUUGCUGAUUUAAAUUACAAAAUAUAUAUUCAAAAUAUCAUUUGCAUAUUUUUGAAAUAUGAAAAAACUUAAGAAUAUCGGCCUUUUUCUCUGUGACUUUCCCAUUAAACUUUAAACUUUCCAUUUAAGUCUUUCCAAGAAAAGCGAAGUCAAUAAACUUCGAUGAUGUUGAAAAA